AUGGGCCUUGUGAUAGGAGUGUUUCGUGUGUGCUACGGAAUACAUCUACGUUGUAGUCUGGUAGUUCUAUUCGACACAAAUGCAUCAUGUACAGAUGAACAAUUCAAAAUUCCUGUCUUGGUUUUAAACUCAGCUGUUAACCCACUAUCUUAUGCCUUUUUCAAAAGAGAUAUAAAGAAAGAGUUAAGAAGACUUAUUGAAAAUGGCUGUUUUUUAAUGAAUAAAGAACAUGAAUUACGGGUUGUGGCAGGAUUCGACAGUUUUGGCGCUGGCAAAGAUGUGGCUCUUGGACUCAAAUCGAGUUGGAAUUUGGAAAAUAUCCCCGAUCACAAUUGGUGUUUGUGCAGGGAACAAGCAAGAACCAAAGGACACAUUAGAAUACAUACAUUAUACACCUAG